UCAAGAUGCAGGUUCGUGUUUCGGAUGGUACUUUGGAAGGAGAAGUUUUGAAAGAUAGCUAUGGAAAGAUAUUUUAUAGCUUCAAAGGUAUACCUUACGCGGAACCGCCGCUUGGUGAACUGAGAUUUCAGGCACCUAAACCUGUCCAACCAUGGGAAGGAGUUCGUAGUGCCAAAAAGAAUGGACCAUGUUGUAUACAAGCCAAUAUAGACCUCCAACCCGAGACCAUAGGUAGUGAAGACUGCUUGUAUCUUAAUGUCUUCACUCCAGAUUUAAAUCCAAGUUAUCCAUUGCCAGUGAUGGUGCAAAUUCAUGGGGGAGGAUUUUGCUUUCUUAGUGGAGGCGAUGACUGGUUUGAUACAGACUAUCUCCUUAGACAUGGAGUCAUUUUAGUCACAAUAAAUUACAGACUUGAAGUUCUUGGAUUUCUUUGUCUCGAUACUGAAGACAUUCCAGGCAAUGCUGGUAUGAAGGAUCAAGUAGCUGCAAUGAAAUGGAUCAAAAACAACAUCAGCAGCUUUGGUGGUGAUCCUAACAAUAUCACAUUAUUUGGAAUAAGUGCAGGUGGGGCCAGCAUAGCCUAUCAUUUAGUGUCGCCGAUGUCAAAAGGAUUAUUCAAAAGAGCUAUUAUUCAAAGUGGAACUAAUACUUGUUACUGGACUCAAUCUAUUGCUCCACGUGAAAAAGCUCUAGCCUUAGCAAAGAAACUUGGAUGCCAAUCAGACAAUGAUAAAGAAAUAUCUAAUGUUUUAAAAUCAGUACCAGCUGAAUAUUUGAUUAAUAUACAUCUUCCUGUUACGUAUUUGGAAACGUUCAAGGAUUACUGGAAAAUAUAUUUUAAUGUAGUACCCGAAAAGCUCUUUGGAGAUAAUGAAAGAUUCUUUUAUGGAAAUAUAAAUGAAGUUUUAAGAGAUAAUAUUAACAAUGGCGUUGAAGUUAUAGUAGGUUGCACCAAAAAUGAAGGUAUUUUAAAUUUAACUAUAGGACUUGAUAAAAUAGUAACACAAGCUAACAAAUUUACCGAAUAUUUUGUACCAACGCACAUAGCUCUUAACUGUCCCAUAGAAAAACAAAUAGAAAUUGGUAACAGAAUUAAAAAGAGAUAUUUCGGAAAUAAAAUCAUAUCGAUAGAUGAUUUAGAUAAAAUACUACAUUACUUCGCUCUUGAUACAUUUGUAUAUUCGAUAAUAGAAUGGGCUAAAAUUUACGCUAGCUCAUACGAAAAUAGAAUUUAUGUUUACAUCAUGUCUUGCGAGACGGAAAGGAAUAUAAUGGUUGAUCUAUUGGGAUUAAGAGAACAAUUAAAGAAUUUUAAAGGGGCAUGUCAUGCUGAUGACUCAUUUUAUACAUUUAGUGUGAAACGACUCUUGCCAAAAGUCGAUGAAGGUUCAGAAACAUUCAAAGUUAUUAAUCAAAUAACAACACUAUGGACAAACUUUGCCAAGUAUGGAAACCCAACACCAGAUGAUUCAUUGCGUGUAAAAUGGAAACCGUUUACUUUGGAGCAUCAAGAUUAUCUAAAUAUUGGCAACAUUUUAGUGGAAGAAAAAGGACCAUACAAAGUUGACAUUGACUUUUGGGAAGAAAUUUUCGAAGAAUGUUUUAAAGGUACAGUUCAAACAGUUAUCUAAGUAUUUCUUCAUAUUUUGAGUUAAAUUGCGUAGUACACAAUAUACAAUAUUAAAACAAUGUUUAUUAUGUCUAUAUACUGAAGAUCUAUAUCAUCAGCUGUUUAAAGUACAAUAGGCAUCUUAUUUGUUCAAAAUUCAAAUUCAAAAAAUUCAAAUUCAAAUUCAAAAUUUUUUAUUCAUUAUUAUAGGAUAUUAUUAUAUCGCUUAAUAAUUGUCGUAUGGUUUAACAACUUGGUUGACGUCAAAUAAAUUACUUAAAAACUAAGUUUACUGCCGCUUCCAAGGCGUCAGUGCAGAAGAAGCGGUAACAAACUUUGAAUAUGGAUUUUCUUUAUAUUAUAAAAACAUUUUUGUUUACUUAAUCAGUAUGUACGCAACAAAGAUACGUAUGGUACAUAUACAAUUAUUCUGCCA